AUGUGCUCGGCGUUGCCCGCGGCCGGCGCUUGGCUGUCGCUGCGCGUCUCCUUUGUGGAGGUGCACCCGGUGGGCCCGCUGGUGAGGCUGUGGGGGACCUGCGGGGAGCCGCGGCGGCGGGAGGAGUACGAACGCCUGGCCCAGGAGGUGCAGGCCAAGGCCGGGCCCCGGCUCUCCGCCGCCUCCUCCGCGCCGCUGGCCUCGUCCGAGCUGUGCCUGGUGGAGCGAGGCGGGCGCUGGCUGCGGGCCCGCGUGGUGGGCCGCUCCGCCGAGGAGUACCGCGUCUUCCUGCUCGACGAGGGCCGCACUGUGAGCGCCGAGCCGCACUGCUUGGCCCGCGGGCCCGAGGAGCUCUUCGGCCUGCCCUCGGAGGUGCUGGGCUGCGUGGUGGCCGACCUGGUGCCCGCGGGCUUCCCGAGGAGCUGCGUGGGCUGGGCGCCGGCCGCGCACUACUUCCUGUCCCGCCUGCAGGGCCAAGAGGCCGCGGGCCUGGUGCGAGAGGUGCUGGUCACCGAGGGCCUGGUGGUGCUGGAACUGCCCUGGCUGCUGGCCCAGAUGCAGCCCUACGGCAUGGCAGGCGUGCUCCCCCCUGCCGCCUUCCGCGCCCUGCUGCAGGCCUCCCUGACCCCUCCGGCGCCUGCCUUGCCCUCCUUGGCGCCACCUUCUCCACCGUCACCUCUGCCUCCUGCUUCCCAGCAGAACCCCGAGGCCACCAGCUUCUUCUACCCCCGACUGGAGCUCAACGUGACGGAGCCCGUCGUGGUCACCCAAGUCUCCGACCCCCACCGCGUGUACUGCCAGCUGCGUAGCUUUUCCAAGGAGAUCCAAGUCCUCUCGGAAGGCAUGUGCCAGGCUUUCCGGGAGAGCCGCCAAGAGGAGCCCUUGCCCAAGCCGGGCUCCCCCUGUGCGGCCCGAGGCGUCGACGGCUGCUGGUACCGCGCCCUGCUCCUGGAGACCUACCAGGGAGGGGAUCCCGAGGCACAGCCGGGGGCCGCUGCCCAAGUCAUCUGCGUGGACUACGGCAGGAAGGAGUUUGUCACCCAAAGGUACCUGCGCCACUUGCCGGCGGAAUAUUUCCGCAUGCCUGUCAUGACCUACCCGUGUUCCUUGCAAGGCAUUACAGAUGGAGGGGUCGGCUGGUCCCGUUCGCAAAUCAGCCAACUGAAGACGCUGCUGCUAGGGAAGGUGGUGCAAGCACGAAUCGAAGCCUAUUGCCCUUUUGAACACCUUUACUACGUCACUCUGCACGGGGAAGAUGGUCACAAUCUGAAUUGCCUCUAUGGAGUGCAGGCCCAUUGUUUGGCACAGAGUUUUCUGCACAGCACUCAAGAGUACACCUCUGAAUUAAUGACCGAACUGAUGAGUGCCAGUUCCCAGAGCAAGACAGAAAAACUUGGCUCUUUACUGGACGUGCUGUCCACACUUACUGCCGCCCCACUGCCUGUGGUGCAUCUGAAGGCAGGGGAAUACCACAGUGUUCAAGUGACCUUUGUCCAUGACCCUACCGAUUUUUGCGUGCACCUCCAAGAGCAUCGCCAGCCCCUCUGUCGUCUGAAGCAAAAUUUACAUGAUUUCUACUCAACGACCAAGAAACUGGAAGGGGUUCUGCUUGAACCCAAGCCAGGUUCACUGUGUUGUGUUAUGUUAAAGGAGAACUCGUAUCACCGCGCUCUUGUCACCAGAGUGGAGGGGAAAGGCGUUGAAGUAUAUUUACUGGACAAGGGGAACUCUGAAAUUGUGGAUUUGUACAAAGUGAAAGAACUACUUUCCCAGUUCAGAGAACUUCCUGCGGUGGCUCUCAGAUGUACAUUAGCAAAUCCUUCCCCGGGUCAAGCGUGGAGUGUAAAUGCCGUUGAUUAUUUUAGAAAAGCUGUUCUGAGCAAGGAAUUGGUCAUCAAAGUCCUAGGCAUGCAAGGAACCAUCUAUGAAGUAGAACUUUUUGAUUAUGCCCUGAAAGGGGAAAAUAACCUAGGCAAAAUUAUGUCCCAGGGAAUAUAUGCUAAGCAUGAGAAGGUGCAAGUAGAGAAACAUCACAAGGUGAUCGAUCAGUCUAACAAGGGUGCUUGCUAUUUAUACCACAGAGGAGUUGCAGAAAAUGAUUGCAAUGUUUUCCCAAAUCCUUCCGCCUGCAAUCUACAAAACUACUCUGAAAUAACACCAGGACUUUAUUGUGAAGAGCAGCUAGAAGUUGGAAGUACAGUAGAUGUGAUAGUAUCCUAUACAGAAUGCCCCAGUAUCUUCUGGUGUCAGUUAGCUAAAAACUCCCACGACCUUAGGACUCUUAUGGCUCAAAUUCAGGAUUAUUGUGCUCAUUCAGUACAGCCUCUUGACUGGCCGAUUCCUGUCUGUCUGGCAAAAUAUUCUGAAGAUAACAAAUGGUAUAGGGCCCUUAUCAUUAGUGAGGUAAACUCUGCAGAAGAGGUGGAAGUUGUCUACGUUGACUAUGGAAAUAAAGAACAUGUUUCACUAAAGAAUGUCCGUGCAACAAAGGAAGAGUUUAUGAAAAUGAAAGCCCAGGCUUUUAGAUGUAGCCUUUACAACUUAAUUCAGCCAAAGGGUCAGGAUCCUUUUGUUUGGAGCGAAGAAGCUACUGAAGCUUUUCAGGAAUUUUUGGAUUCAGCAAACAAAACACAACUAAAAUGCACUAUAUUUGCUUUGGCAUCAUUAAACAGUACAGAUCUCUUUAAUAUUGUGGAUUUAAUUACACCAUUUGAAAGUGCCUGCCAUUUUUUAACAAGAAAAGGUUUAGCCAGAUCGGUGCAUCCUCAUACAUUUCUGAUAUCAUCGGUUCAUCUCCUCUCAUACUAUCAUUCAACCCAUGAUAUCAAAAUAGGAAGUGAAGAAAAAGUUUAUAUUACUCAUGUCAAAGAUCCUUGUUUCUUUUACUGUCAGCUUGCUAGAGAUGCCGAUGUUCUGGAACAGCUAACUAAAAAUAUUAGUAAGCUCAGUAAAAGCUGCCACCGUUUGCAAACAUCACAGGCCCCUGGAAGUGUGUAUCUUGCAAAGUUUACAGAUGGCUGCUGGCAUAGGGCAGCAGUAAUUUCUGCAAAAGCGAACAAAGAGGUUUUCUUUGUUGAUUAUGGGAAUACACAGUUAUUGAAGAAUGAAGACCUGGUUGUAGUACCAAAUGAUGCUUUUGAGAUACUUGUCUUGCCAAUGCAAGCCAUAAAAUGCUGUUUGUCUGACGUUCCUGCUAAGAUAUCAAAAGAUGCUGCUGUGUGGUUUGAAAAAAGUAUUCAAAAUAAGCUCUUAAAGGCUUUGAUUGUAGCAAAAGAACCUGAUGGGAAACUAAUAGUUGAACUAUAUGAUGGUAAAAUAAAAAUAAAUGCAAAGUUGAAAGAAGUGAUGGGUUUGCGGGGCAGCCAAGGGAUUUUCCAAUAUGCUAGAAAUGAAGCAGCUUUAGCUAAAAAUUCACCCAAUAGAGAAUCACAAACUGAAAAAAGACCAUCUUUGAUAAGUACUGUUAAACCUGUUUCAGAGAUCAAGAGGUGGAGCACUGAAAGUAAGGAAAUAUUGGAUAAUACAAAACAUGGUUUUUGGAAUAAAGAAGGAAGACAAGUGCAGCAGAAAACAGAAAAGAAGAUGACAAGAUUUCCUGAGCUACUGGAAAGAACUGACAAAAAUGAUAAUGCACCAGGUACAAAGUGCAGUAACUCUGUACCUCUGAAAAGAGAGAAGAAACCUAGUGAUGAAAAAACAAGUCAAAUUAAAACGAAGAUGUGCUCUUCAUUUAAAAAUAUAUGUGAUCUACCUCAAAAAAAUAUAAAACCUGGUUUUAAAACGUCAGUGUAUAUUUCUCAUAUAAAUCAUCCUUCUGAUUUUUAUGUUCAGCUAGUAGAAGAUGAGCCUAUGCUUAACAGCAUUUUAGAGAAAUUGAACAAUUCUGGAAGAACUGAGAGCUUAACUGAGGAGCAGCUUCAUAUUGGGGACUUAAUGUGUGCAAUGUUUUCAGAAGAUGGCAUGUGGUAUCGAGCUGUGGUCAGUGAAAAGCCUUCUAGUGACUUGGUGACUGUUCAGUUCAUUGAUUAUGGGAACACUGCAGUAAUUGGUAUCGGCAAAACCGGGAGACUCCUUGAAGAAUUUUCAUCAUUCCCAGUGAUGAGCAUUCAUUGCUCACUGGGUGGAGUUAAGACCCCUCACCAUGUUGAAUGGACACAGGAAGCAAUACUGUAUUUUUCUGAAAGAGUACUUGAAAUUCAAAUGAACGGUGAAUUUGUGGAGAAAAGUGAGGGCAAAUGGGAAAUUAUUCUUAGUGAUGAAAAAGGAAAUAUAACAGCGGAUUUGAUUCAUGAUCACCUUACAGACAAAAAGCCUCUGUUGGGGGAAACAUUAGACAAAAAAGAGAAUGAGAUUAAUUUGAUAAACCUAGAUGACGAUGUUUCAGAUGAGUAUAGCAAACCUUCAUAUGUAUCAGAAUCCAGGUUCUUCAACUGGACAAUACCUGAAAUAGGUCAAACCCUGAGAGCAUUUUCGAUAAUUGCAAAGGGCCCAGAUUAUUUUUGGUGUCGGUUUACUGAGAUAGGAAAUAAUGAUUCAAUGGAAAGAGAACUUCAGAGAGCUGGAGAACUUGAAGGAAUGUGUGUAGAUUAUAUUCAAAAAGGCUGCCCCUGUCUAGUAAAGUGUAGUAAAGAUGGUACAUUUUAUCGUGCAGUUGUUAGGAAUUUUGAAGAGAACACGCUGACAGUCGUUCAUAUCGAUUAUGGAACUGAGGAAUGUGUUAAUACAGAAAUGAUCAGGCACAUUUCUGCUGAACUGUUGGCAAUGCCACCUCAAGCGUUUCUGUGUUGUCUCUUCGGAUUUAAUGCAGAAAACGGUUCGUGGACUGAAGGAGUAAAUAAGUUCUUCUGUGAUAAAGUAGCUGACUUAUCAUUCGAAGUUAUAGUUGUGGACAAAAGACCCCAUUGCCUUCUUGAAAUUCCUGUCUUUAUUGUUAAGCUGGAAUGUGAAAACAUAAGCAUCAAUGAGGAAAUGAAAUCAUUUUGGAAAUAUAACUGUGAGGACAGUGGCUCAACUUUAACAAAUAUUCACAGUCCUAAAGAUCAGGUCAAGGAUACAGAAGAGAAUUCAAAUACUGUAGUAUUUGAAAAGGAACCAUUUUGUUCAUUAGUGACUCCCUCGACUACUUGUGAUUUAGAAGAUUUGAUAAGUUAUUCAGAACUGUUAAAACCUGGAAGUCCUAGUUUAGCUGAUGAUGGGAACAGAAUAUUAGUGGAAAGGGUUUCAUUAACUCCACCCUCCUGUCAAACCAGGCAUGACUGUACAACUGCUGAAGAGUUGCCUUCAGAUAACUCAGAAGAUUUAUCAGACUUCAUAACUCUUUCACCAGAUGAUAAUAUUCAGAUGCCAAAGAUAGAGGUGUUAGGAGGGCAUUCAUUUGACAGCAUUGUGGGGUUGCAAGCAGCUGACAACCCCAUCUUGGAUGACAAACCACAACAGAGAUCAACACUUGGUUUACUUGAAGUGCCACCUGUGAAAGAAGAGUUAGAACAGCAUUCUUUGAGUAAUACAUUACUGGAUGAACAAGUUGAAACUUCAAGCUGCAAUACAAAAAAAGAAGAAAAUACUUCCAAUUUAAAGGGAUUUGAUAUUGGUUCCAAAUGCAUGGUUUGGUCAAACACUCAGUGGUACAAGGCUAAGAUUCUAGACGUAUCUCUUGAAGGAACAAAGGUCUUGAUUCUUUCAACUGGGAAAGAAGAGAUAGUCAAUCCAGUAGAUGUAUGGAACUGGAUUCCUGAACUGGAUCCAAGUCCAACUGAGGAAGAAGCAGCUACUAGUUUAAAUGAAAGCAAUUCUCUUUGUGACAACUAUGCAAACAAUACAUCGACAUAAUGGAAUCAUCUUUCACUUAGAUUUUCUCUCAGUUUGAUAUUGACAGUAUGAGUCAAUGGACUAACUGUUCAGAUGAUGAACAUCUUGCACUACUAUUUGUUGAAAAUAUUGAAAAUCUCAUUGGUUAAACACUUGGGACUUGUUUUUGAAAGAAUAAGAUUUAAUUUGUUUUUGAGUGAAGUUUAUUUAAAAGCAUUUUGAAAGCACUAUGGGUAUAUAUGAAAGUGUUACUUUUUGUUUAAUGUAGCAAAAAUAAAGUUUGUUUAGAGA